GAGAGACAUGCUGCUGCCGCGGCCGCCCCCUCCCCGGCGCUCUCCUGCGCCUUUAUAUCUCGCCGCUUCUCCAGGAUAACCCACUGGAACCAGGAGGGAAUCCAGUGGUAUCUCCUGCUCCCCCAAGGCCCACUCGCGCCGCUCACCCCCCGGGUUUUUCCCUCGGCCGCUCGGAGAGGCCCAACAGCCUCAAACAGCCUCCUCAGGCCCUUGCUUGCUUGUUGCCUUCAAGAGGUGUUGGGAGAUGCGGAUCGGAUCUUAAUGGGCCGCAAAAAGAAGUCAGGAGCCGCUGAAAGCCGUGGCGGCUUCUUCUUCCCUCCCCCAAAGAGACCAGAGGAUCAGAGAAGCGCCCUUGCAGGGUCGCGGACACAGCCCGCAAGAAAGGCGAGCGGAGGAGGCGUCGUCUAAACAAAAGCCUUUCAUCGCCGCGCAAAAGCGAUCUGACUCCUGAGUGAGAGCGGAUCCGAGGCCUGAGUCCUUCCCGGCCUGAAGAGUUCCAGCAUCCUGUAUUGAUUUGCCCUGCCAGCCGAAGGACCCGAAUCUUCCUCCUCAUCUCGACCGUCCUUUAUCGCUCCAUCUCUUUUGUUAUUUGUCGAGAUCUGGCAGGAGGAGGAGGAGGAGGAGGAGGAUUUCCAGCAUCAUUUUAAAACAUCAGCACAAAUAAGUGUGAUAUAUUAUACAGACCUACAGGGCUUUUUUUUUUUCCUGGGGGGAAAUGAUAGGAGAAUGUUUUUCUAAUAUAUUAUAUUUUUUUUCUAGAAGUACGUUGUUUAUUGACAAUUAUGGUGCCCUCCUCCAUUAUUCGACCUACGAGGGUAUGAAAGCGACUCACAUCUACUUCUAGGGAUAGGAUUUUUUCCCCCCACACAAAAAAAUCAUUUCUUAUAUGUGGAUCUGUCUUUUCCCCUCUCUCUUCCCUUUUUGUUAUUCUAUUUUUUAAGACUAAGAUGUUCCCCUUCUGGAAUUUUAUUUGAGCCGCAGAAGGGAUCGGAGGCAUUUAAAGAAAGAUUGUUGCAGAGACUCUCGCAAGAUGAUGCUCAGCCCGGACCAGGCGGCGGACUCGGACCAUCCGUCGUCGGCGCCGUCGGAUCCGGAGUCUCUGGAGGCCAAGGGGCUGCGGAGCUGCUGCGCCUCGGACUUAGAGGCGCCCGACGGCGACGGCGCGGGAGGGGGCGGAGGAGGAGGUCGCCCGGCGCCGCACCCGCAGCAGCCGCUCAGCCGCGAAGAGAAGCGGCGUCGGCGUCGGGCCACGGCUAAGUACCGCUCGGCGCACGCCACGCGGGAGCGCAUCCGCGUCGAGGCCUUCAACCUGGCCUUCGCCGAGCUGCGCAAGCUCCUGCCCACGCUGCCGCCGGACAAGAAGCUCUCCAAGAUCGAGAUCCUGCGCCUGGCCAUCUGCUACAUCUCCUAUCUCAACCAUGUCCUCGACGUCUAGGGCAGGCCCUUCCCCCCGGGACAGGAGGAAGGUUGGCAGGGGGGCGGCCGAGGCCCCGGGGGAAGGUAGCGGGGAGGACGGGACCCAACCGGGCUCCGGGGCCUCUCCGCGGCGCCCCCGGUGCUGCCUGGCCUGCGUGGCUUGGGACCACCACACUCUUUGCCUGGCCGCAGCGCUGCAGCCCGCCACGCCCAGUGAGUGAGGCUGCCUUCUUCCUCGUAGCGUAGGGUGGGCAGCCUUAGCCAGUCUCGUCCCCUUGAUCGCAAGUCCCCAACCCACCCCCCAAAUAUUCCCCGCGGGAGGGUCCCAUUCAGCAAAGUAUUUAAGAACCCGACGGAAGCUUGGCGGGAGAUUCCUUGGCUUUAAGCUCGUGCCUUAAAGGGCUUUCCUGAAUCGGGCCCAAAAUAAGAAGCUUGAAAUGGAAUAGAGGAGGCAGCAGUUCCCCCUCCCUCGCCUACACCCCGCCGAAGCUGUCGGGCCGCCUCAAAGAGGAAACACCCUUUGUAGAAGGUGGGAUUCUUCUUUGCUUUGCUUUUUAAAGAUCGGACUGUCAAGUGCCCCUUCUUCUAUAUCCCAAAACUUAAAAUAAAAUAAAAUAAUCUCAUGUACUUGUGACCUUAAACGUGUGACCCAGGAGUGCAGUUCAAAAUAACUAUUUAUUUUUUAAUUUAAGUUAGGAAAAGUAGACUAUUUUUUCCUCCCAAGAUUAUUUUUUAAUUUUGAGAGUGGUGAAGAUUUUGCGUUGAAGACUUUGUGCCAACUGGUUUUUCACUAGUCAAGUGUUUACAUUUUCUUCUGUGGAAUAAUUGUCCGACUUGGAAGUGUUUGUUGGGAACCAGAUUGUGGGUUUCAUUUUGCUCUGGUUUUAUUGCACUUCUUCCCUGUUUCUAAGCGUAUUUUAUAUAUUCAGAUUUCGUCCUCGAGAAUGUUUCUUUAUUUUGUGUGUGGAAAUGAAAUAUUAGCACUUCACUUGAAGUUUUUUUAAUGUGUUGUUAUUCUGACCUGUAGUUCUGUCUGAAAAGUAUUUUGCAAACCAUUUCCAAGGGAAGUAGUUUUUGUUUCUCUGUCUGUUUGUGAGUGUGUGUAUAUGUGUGGUUUUUUACAGAUUUUUUUUCUUUUUAAGGAAAAACAGGACUACUUUCCUUUUUGACAACCAAAAAAAUUUACAACCAGAAAAUGUUUCAUGCUCUUUUGCUGUGAAUCUCUUAAAACAAUAAGUGUGUUUUAGGGGGAGAGAGAGAGAGAGAGAAAGAACACAUCUGUUAUCCAAAGAUUUUAGUCUUUUUCAGGGUUUUUUGGUCUGUGUGUUGCUUUGUAUAAGGCAAUAUUUUGUAGUGACAAUAGAGAAAUCUGGUUUCUAUCAGAAGCGGUUUUCAUAUCUCUCAUGAAUGGUGCGCUGUUUUGCAUAUAAAUAAAAUUAUAAAAUAAAGCUGGUUUUUCCUAUUUUU